AUGACCCUCAACAACAAUCAACCCAACCCCAACGAGAACCACCCAAACCCCCACCACAGCACAAUGGAGAAAGGAGAAGGACCAAGGCUCCCUGAGGGACCUCAGCGUCGGAACGGUGUGACCCCUUUCCAGAGGGCGCCGCCUGCUUCCACCGCGGCACCUCUGCACACCCCCGCGCCCCCUCACGGACCACAGCGUCGCAACGGGGUCAUUCCCUUUCAGAUGGCGCCGCCUGCUUCCGCCGCGGCGCCUCUGAACCCCCCCCCCGCGCACCCCAAGGGGCAGAAGCGUCCUGGCACCCCAUUUCCGGGUGCCACCCCAAGGAGUGCUGGUUCUGCUGCGCCUGGGAAAACCACCGUGCCCCCGCCUAAGAAGCGACUCGGUGGCCCGUUCCCAGGUGUCACCUUGGGGAAUGCCGCCCCUGCUGCGCCUGUGAACACCUCCGAGCCCGCGCCUAAGAAGCGCCUCGGGGGGCUGUUCCCAGGUGUCACUGUGGGGGCCGCCCCGCUGCAAGGUGGUCCUUCUCCCAAUCCUACCUCCGACAACGAGGGUCCCCCGCACGGGAUCACCCCCCUGGUGGGCCCCGCCACAGCCCAAACCCCCUCUUUCGGAUCCUCCACCAUCCGAAACCAGCGCCCCAACAGUCCUCGGCGAUCUGAGACUGGCCCCUCUGAGGCAGUCUCCAGCAGCAAUGUCCCCGCCAACCCCGGCCACCAGUUCCAAGAGCUGCGUGAGAUCAGCGAGCUGAGCAACGAGCUCGCUGAUGCCGAAGGGACAAGAGUCGUCUUCGCAGCCGAGGAUGUACGGCGGCUUCAUCGUCCCGUAGAGACUGCCCGCCAUCACAACCCCGAAGACAUCGCAAACCUGUCAGCCCAAUUCGAUGUCCUCGAGGCUCGCUAUGAGGAAGCCAAGAGGGCACUGAAGGAGGCUGCGGGCGACGCAGUUGCGCUCGACGGUUGGCGGGGCAAGUACGAGGGCGACGGUGACGCCUGGGUGGCGCUGACGGACCUCGUGGAAGAAGUCGACGACAACAACCUUUACCAGCGCUACAGAGAUGCGCAGGCGCAUCUCGACGAACUCCUUGACCAACAAGUCGAUUUACUUGGCAUGGAGUUCCUGAAGCGCAGGCAGAAGCACGGCCGGCGUGCUAUGCCAAGGAAGGUUGCGACUCGAUCGGCUCCACGAGGUUCGCGAUCAAUUAAGCGACUGGAGAACGCCAUAGAUGUCAGGCCGAAGUGUCAGCCGCAGGCUGGGCAGGACAACGGUGAGGGCCCGAGCUCAGGUGAGAGCGAGGCUAGCAAGACGGCGUCCAACGGUGAGCUGAACCCGCCGACCAAUGACUCCAACGGUGCCAUGAUCCCCGCGCCCGUUACUGCCAGUGCGUCGUCAGAUGCAACUCCGCUGGCGAGUGGAGAGUCAUUGGAGGCUGGCUCACUCUUGGACGCCUUCGAGGCCAUCUGCGGCGCCCUUCAGUCGCUGGAAAUCACCCCGUCAGUUCCUUCGCCCGUGGAGGAACAUGACGCAAUGGCGAAUCCCGCCGAGGGCCAGAUCGCCGAGUCGUGUCAACCCCAGGAUGGGUCACAGUCCGGGGAAGAUUUGGCUCAGCAUGACGGCUACAUGGAAUGGCUGGGGCCCGAGGAGUACCUCUCGAUUCCACAGGGAGCAAUGAGUGCGCCAGCUGUCCAACAGCCGUCUCAGGCUCCUGUGGAGAUCGAGUACUACCUUCCCAGCCAUUCGAAAGCAGAAAAGCGCAUGGGACCCGUGGCGCCAUGGACAGAGCGCAAGAAGCAGAUCACCAGAGCCACGGUCGUCAAGGCCGGCUCUGGCCUGCUUGCUCGGAUUGACAACAUCCAGCCAAGCGCACCCACCGGGUGCGUCGGGCAAGUCGCAGAAGACACGGUGCGCAAGACCGAGUCUGAGUUGCUUGCCCGGGAUGAGUCAAUCCCAGCCCAGCCUGUCCAGGCAGUCCACGCGCCUGUCCCAGCGCCCCCAGUGUCGCAAGUGCACACCCCGAGCGUCGAGACCGAGGAGGCGCCUACUCUGGAAGUUGGGAGCCAAUCCGCUGUUCCGCAGCCAGCUCCCAUCGUCCCAGAGCCCUCCGCGCAGGUCCCGCUCGAGGCAGCUAUGAGCGAGCCAGCUGUUCCACAGCCAGCUCUAGCAAAGAAAGUGCGCUUCGCGGCUCUUCCGACGGAAGCAACCGUGAGCGAGCCCGCUGGGUCUCAGUGGCUUCAGACUGUUUUGGCCGCCAAAGCGAAGGUCGCCACCGACGGAGUUGUGAGUGAGCUUGCUGCCUCGCAGCAAGCCCCCACUGCCUCGGAGCCUUCGAGCCGAACAGUCACGAGCGCUGUGGCCCAGCCGACUCCGGUUGUUCCGGAUGGCACGGAGAAGGUCGCCGUCCAGGCAGUCGUCAGUGAGCCUGCUCUCUCCCAGCAGGCUCCUGCUGCCCUGAAGCCUUCUCCGUCGGGAGAAGAUGACUCUGCUUGGUCUGACUCUGACGACGACGAAUGGUGGCCUGCUCUUCAAUGGCAGGCCACUUCGGAGUCAGACCUGGCUGACGAAGAAUGGUGGCCUGCCCUUGAACGGCAGGCCCCUUAG